CGCGCCGCCCUCCAUCUUCGCCAUUUUCCAUCUGCUGUCGACAACUCUGAUCUACUCAAGUGACAACGCUCUCUCGGGCGAAAUGGCAGUUUAACAGCUUGCGGCAGUCCUAGCAGCAGCCCAUCUAACAGUGCAUCAACCCAGUGCACUGCUUCAACUUAUUAUUCAUGAAAAUGACGUCCCUCGUGGAAACCCUCACCGCUGCUGUAGUCGACAGCAUAAAAGAACCGCUCGACGACAUCACCCCGUUGCUACUGUCUCGCAUCCUGUUGACUGAACAACAAAGCCAUGACCAUGAUGAGUUCACAGUUUGGCCUGGAGGACAUGGAAGCCCUGCUCUGGGGGCCUUCCUCUCUCAUGGCUGACCCCAUGGCCCCGCUACUCCAUCAAAAUGAGGUUACCUCAAUAGAGGGAGGGGCUUCACCCCUCUCGUCAUCUUCCUCCUCUUCUCCACUGCCCCUCCUCUCUCCUCCUUCCUCUCCGCCCGGCCUGCUCCUCCAGGAGGCGAAGGCAGAGGCAGACUUCCCUUGGCUGGCUGCGGACGAGCUGGGCCCCACCUGUCACAUUGGUGAUGAUGGCAAAGAGGAUGCCUUUUCUGGCAUGGACUGGAUGGCAGAGAGAGUCGACCUCAGUGGGUUUGACCUGGACUCCCUCAUGGGGUCCUGCAGCACAGACGGUUCUCCUGGCUCCCCUGAAGACAUCAUGGACUCCCUUGAGUGUCCAAUGGAGCUGGACUCACUCCCUCUCCCUACUCCCAUUGACUUUCCAACCCCUGCAGACCCCCUCCUUCCCAUUCCUGGCUCCUCUUCCCAGCACGGUCCUCCCGAUGAGGCCUGCUCACCUCCCCCGUGUGUUCCUGACCCCCAGGAGGAGCUGGAGAUCAAAUCUGAGCCGCAGUCCCCUGCCCCGUCUCCGCCCCACACCUUCUCCCUGGACCUGGGCAGCGAAGUGGACGUCUCGGAGGGUGUCGUCGAGAAUCCGCUUGGCCUUGGGGUUCCCCAGCCGGUACCCAAAAUACUGCUGUCUCUCUCCCCGACGCGCAUCCUCCUCGUUCUAGCCCCUAAAAAGGAGAUUGGCCUGACAACGACCGCUAACGCCUCCUUUCCAGACGUCCUCUCCUCUAACAGUGACUGUAACACUCACACCUCCACCACCUCUACUCGGCUGCAGCUCCCUGCCAUCACCAUAUCUCGGUCGAGGUCCCAAACCCGGAGUGAGCCGUACCCGGUGGUUCCAGGGUGUACGCCCCAACAUGCGGAGCCUUCAUUUCCAGCCAAGUUCAGUGGGAAGAUGAGGUCUUCCACCGGGGGUCCCCCGAAGGAGAAGAGGCUCAAGAAGAUGGAGCAGAACAAGACUGCAGCCACGCGUUAUCGCCAGAAGAAGAAGACCGAGCAGGAGGCCCUGAGUGCCGAGUGCGACGAGCUGGAGCAGAGGAACCACCAGCUGGCGGAGAAGGCCGACUCCCUUGCAAAAGAGAUCCAGUACCUCAAGGACCUAAUGGAAGAGGUGCGCCAGGCUAAGAGCAAGAAGGCCCCCUCUGACCUCUAAUGGAUCCUGUGUAGAUUCCUACUGAGUGCCCCACCAAGAUCUAUGCUCUUUAAAUGUGUGUUGUAUUAAAAUGCCCCUAUGCCCGAGUUCUACUGACAUUUGACCUUCCCGCUCAUCUCCUUUAAACUGUAGAGACUCAGACUUGUAGCUUGAGUUUUGGAUAUAGUCCUAUUGUGUGAAAACCUUAAGUAUUUACCUAACCGUAAAACAGUAUAUAGAUUUUUAUUUUAUUAAUAGGAUAACAUUAUAAAUGCCACUAGAUGUCUAUGUAUAUUACUGUAGAAGCAUGCAUUAAAUAGCUUUUGAAAUGUU